CCACAUACAUCAUGGGAAACGCACCGUCUGGACUCCCUGGCCAACGUCCGGGUGGGCGCGGCCAGCCUGGCGACCAGAAAGACAAGAAAGAGCAGAAGAAAAAGUGGGAGCCUCCUCUCCCGACCAGCGUUGGCAAGCGCAAGAAGAAGAGGGGUCCGGAUGCAGCGUCCAAGUUGCCUGCUGUGUUCCCCACAACACGCUGCCGCCUCAAGCUCCUCAAGAUGGAGCGCAUCAAGGACUACCUCCUCAUGGAGGAGGAAUUCAUCCAGAACCAGGAGCGCCUCAAGCCUGAGUCCGCGCGCGAGGAGAAGAAUGAGGAGGACCGUACCAAGGUGGACGACCUCCGUGGGAGCCCCAUGGCCGUCGGUACGCUCGAGGAAAUCAUCGACGACGACCACGCCAUCAUCUCUACCGCCUCUGGACCCGAGUUCUACGUCUCCAUCAUGACCUUCGUGGAUAAGGACCUCCUCGAGCCCGGCUGCCAAGUCCUACUACACCAUAAGAAUCAGGCUGUCGUCGGUGUCCUCCAGGACGACGCAGACCCUAUGGUCAGCGUCAUGAAGCUGGACAAGGCGCCGACGGAGAGUUACGCAGAUAUUGGUGGUCUGGAGCAGCAAAUUCAGGAGAUUAAGGAAUCCGUGGAGCUGCCAUUGACGCACCCAGAAUUGUACGAGGAGAUGGGUAUCAAGCCACCGAAGGGCGUCAUCCUAUACGGUGUCCCCGGUACUGGCAAGACGCUCCUUGCCAAAGCCGUUGCCAACCAAACUUCCGCCACCUUCCUUCGUGUCGUCGGCUCUGAGCUGAUUCAGAAGUACCUCGGAGAUGGUCCUAAGCUCGUGCGAGAGUUGUUCAGGGUGGCGGAGGAGCAUGCACCAAGUAUCGUCUUCAUUGACGAGAUCGACGCUAUUGGUACGAAGCGUUACGACUCAACAUCCGGUGGCGAGCGGGAGAUCCAGCGUACGAUGCUCGAGCUGCUUAAUCAGCUUGACGGUUUCGAUACCCGAGGGGACGUGAAGGUCAUCAUGGCUACGAACAAGAUUGAGUCCCUCGACCCUGCCCUUAUCCGUCCAGGUCGUAUAGACCGGAAGAUUGAGUUCCCGCUGCCCGAUAUCAAGACGAAGCGCCAUAUCUUCAAGCUUCACACAUCACGAAUGAGUCUUGCCGAAGAUGUGGACCUGGAGGAGUUCGUUACCGCUAAGGACGACCUCUCCGGCGCCGAUAUCAAGGCCGUAUGUACAGAAGCCGGUCUACUCGCUCUCCGGGAACGACGGAUGCGGGUGACGAAGGUCGACUUCACGGCCGCGAGGGAGAAGGUGUUGUACAGGAAGAACGAGGGCACUCCGGAAGGACUUUACCUGUGAUCUGUAUUCUGUGUUCGUCGUUGUGCAUAUACUAUUGUUUUC